AUGGACCCUCGGAUUACCUACAAGAUUUAUUCUGAGUACCCCUGUGCCAUUAAAUCCGUUCAUUUCUUCACCGAAAAUCUAAUGCAACUCGGCGGCUAUUUUGCAGAAUUCGAGAUAUAUGUUGAGCACGACUGCGCUCCAGAGCUGGCAGAACUGGUCGAAGGCAGGCCGAGCUUCGCAACGCCAUACUCGGAUGGUUGUUUUGCCCUGAUAAACACAUGGAUGAGAGAAUGUGCCGAAAGUCAUGAGAGUUACUGCCCUUGUGAAACCGAGGCACCUUUACCCACUAGGGUUCUGGAUAUCAGGAUAGGAGGAGGCGAUAGUCCAAUUUUUUUGAAAGUCGCAAAUCCAAGGGAGGUUGGUGCCUAUGUUACACUCAGCCAUUGUUGGGGACCGAAACCGCACUUUCGCACGACACUCUCCAAUAUCGCAGAUUUCGAGCAGUCGAUCUCACUAGAAGACCUUCCAAGAACUUUUCAAGACGCUAUCCUUGUCGCUAGGAGACUCGGAUUUCGGUUUCUUUGGAUAGACUCCUUGUGUAUUAUCCAAGAUAGCCAUGAAGAUUGGGUCCAGGAAGCAGCUUCAAUGCACCUCUAUUAUAAGAGAUCAGCUUUGACCAUUGCUGUCGAUUGUGCUAGCGGAGACCAUGAAGGAUUUCUUCAUUUAGAAAGGAAAAAUGAUCCCCCACUCGCUAUUUUACCCUCGAGGAGUUGCUUUGAAAUAAAGCCCAAUGAGGAUCCGGACAAUCCCCAUAGGGAGCAAGGGUUUCUCAUCCUAUCCAAUUUUCUAUCGAUUGAUAAGAAAAACUUGGAAACAGGUUAUCGUAAUGCCUUCCAACGGUGGUACAAUAUCCUAGAUGACUACGCCUUUCGUGCUCUUUCGGUCUCAUCGGACAAACUCCCAGCAAUAUCGGGCCUGGCUCAUGAGUUCUCCAACCAGAUACAUUCCACUUAUAAAGCAGGCAUCUGGCUUGAGGAUAUUCAUUGCGGGCUUAUUUGGAGCUACUCCGAACAUGGUAUCAAACCAGAUUCAUAUCGAGCACCUUCCUGGAGCUGGGCUGCUAUGGAUUGCUUUCGGACUGGGAAAUCCGAUUCUCCGAACAAGCUCUAUUUUUGGCUCAGUUCUCGUCUAGAUAAGCAUUCUAUAAUUGCCAAGGCUGAAGUGCUGGAUAUCGAGGUAAUAUUGAAAGAUAACGACCCCUACGGUGCUGUCAUUGGGGGCGAGCUCACUCUCAGGACCUUCUGGGUCAACUGGCCGUGGAAGCGAAUGCGGGGAUCGGAUACGAUGCGGACCCUGCAACCUAUUGUUGCCAAAAGAAUCUACACCAAAUACCUAGUAUACCGGGACCUGGAUUGCAACUUCGAUGAGGUGGCAAAGAAGGAGCCCACUUAUUCCAAUCCUGACUAUUAUCUCGAUGUCAGCCUUGUUCAGGUUAUGCGGGACAGGUCUAGCCACUUCGCGCUUUUACUGAAGCCUGCGAAAGGCGAAGGAAACGAGGGGAAAUUUGUCAGGGUUGGAGUUGCUCAAUUGCCAUGUGAACGAAAAGAGUCUGGACUUGAGCUGACAGAGACUGAAUUUGGGCUGACAGGGACUGGACUUGAGCAAGCAGGUUGGGUGAAACGAGAUGUGACAAUCAUCUAG